GGAAAACCUCAAAAUCUUAAAAAAAAACAUCAACGUGUAGGUUUCACUGAAUUUAUUUCGAAAUAAGGAAAAAUAUGGUUUAUCAUAAAAUGUUUCAAUAAAAUAAACCACAACAUGUAGUGACUGGUAAUCUACAUUCCACAUCAAACGAAAUUACAUUUAUCCUUUUUUGUACAGUUUUUCUUUGUGAUUCAUUGAAAAAUGUCUUGCUCAGCCAUAUACAUUCUUGAUGUGAAGGGAAAAGUCUUGAUUUCUCGUAACUAUAGGGGUGACAUUGAUAUGAGUGUUAUAGACAAAUUCAUGCCUCUGCUAAUGGAGAAGGAGGAAGAGGGUUUACUAACACCAAUCAUACAAACCGUGGACUGUACUUUUGCCUAUAUCAAAACAAAUAAUCUUUAUCUUGUAAGUACUACGAAAAAAAAUGCAAAUAUUGCCCUAGUCUUUGUCUUUUUGCACAAAUUGGUGCAAGUAAUGGCAGAAUAUUUCAAAGAAUUAGAAGAGGAGAGUAUAAGAGAUAAUUUUGUUGUUAUUUAUGAACUACUUGACGAGCUUCUAGAUUUUGGGUAUCCCCAAACAACAGACAGCAAGAUUCUCCAAGAAUACAUAACCCAAGAAGGACAUAAACUAGAAAUACAACCUCGCAUUCCUGUAGCUGUGACUAAUGCAGUUUCCUGGCGUUCAGAAGGCAUUAAAUACAGAAAAAAUGAGGUGUUUCUGGAUGUUAUUGAAUCUGUCAACCUACUAGCUAAUUCAAAUGGCAAUGUACUUCGUAGUGAGAUUGUGGGGGCAAUAAAAAUGAGGGUUUAUCUCUCUGGAAUGCCUGAAUUGAGGUUAGGUUUGAAUGACAAAGUCCUGUUUGAAAGCACAGGGCGUGGCAAGUCUAAAUCUGUAGAACUAGAGGAUGUUAAGUUUCACCAAUGUGUGAGAUUGUCCAGAUUUGAAAUUGAUAGGACUAUAUCUUUCAUCCCCCCAGAUGGUGAAUUUGAGCUGAUGUCCUACCGUUUGAACACCCAUGUCAAACCCCUGAUAUGGAUAGAGUCAGUUAUAGAGCGGCAUGCUCAUAGCAGGGUAGAGUACAUGAUAAAAGCAAAAUCUCAGUUCAAAAGGCGGUCAACAGCUAAUAAUGUUGAAAUUGUCAUUCCUGUUCCACAUGAUGCUGACUCACCUAAGUUCAAGACUACCAUAGGCACUGUGAAGUAUGCUCCUGAGCAAAAUUCUGUUAACUGGACAAUUAAGUCUUUCCCAGGGGGUAAGGAGUACCUCAUGAGGGCCCACUUUGGAUUACCUAGUGUGGAGUGUGAAGACAGUGAAGGAAAACCACCUAUCCAAGUUAAAUUUGAGAUUCCCUACUUUACCACUUCAGGGAUUCAAGUCAGAUAUUUGAAGAUCAUAGAGAAAAGCGGGUACCAAGCUUUGCCUUGGGUAAGGUAUAUAACACAAAAUGGGGACUACCAGCUCCGUACCAACUAGCUCUGGAAAUUGUAGUUAUUUCCCUUAGGUUAUUAUCAAUUAUUGCUUGAAAUUUUUUAAGUCACUUUUAUUCCCUCCCUCUUUAUUGUAUUGUUGAAAAAAACUUUAUUCAAGUAUUAUUAUAAUAUAAAAGUAUUUUAAUACAAUAUUAACAAGC